AUGAUGCAAUCAGGGUAUAAUAUUAAUGAUUUGUUUCAAGAAGCUCAAACCCGUUGGCUGAAGCCUGCGGAAGUGCUCUACAUAUUACAGAACCAUGAAAAGUUCAAGCUCGCCCCAGAGCCCCCUCAACAGCCUAGUAGUGGAUCUUUGUUUCUAUUUAACAAGAGGGUCCUUCGGUUCUUCCGUAGAGACGGGCACCAUUGGCGUAAAAAGAAGGAUGGAAGAACGUUGGUGAAGCACAUGAACGACUUAAGGUCGGAAAUGCUGAAACUUUAA